AUGGCGCCUUCGAAUUCUGUGGAUGCGCUAUUACAAUCUCCCUCAAAUGAGGAAUACCAGACUCUGGAGCGCACGCCAUCGUCGUACAACCCCCUCCGAUCCUUCCAUCUAGCCAAAGGUCAACAGAAGCAUUACCAACAACAAUAUGCCGACAUGUACUUUGCUCGUCUGGCUGUCCUCAAGCCUGCCGUAGAACGUGUUGCCAGUGAAGCGUGGGAUGGUUUCGAGAUUGGCGGAGAUGAGGUGCACAAAGUCGAUCGUGUGCUCGACGUCCGACAAGGCGAGUUGGUCUGGGUCGCCGGCACCGUCUACAUGGAAAUGCCUCUCAAGCCCAACAUUCUCGACGACAUCUCGAAACAUCACUGGAUUGCCGCACCGCCCCCUCGGCUGAAGUUCACGUCUGGAGAAAGCGAUCAAAUCAUGCUCGAAGACGAAUCUGGUCGACUACGCUUGACGGGCAGUUUCCUUAGCUCGUGUUUACUGGUGACGGGCUGCAUCGUGGCGGUCAUGGGAACAGAGAACGCUAAUGGCGACUUCGAAGUCAUCGAUCUCAAGCUGCCUGAGCUUGCACCACAGCCCGAGCGAUGGUCAUUACGCGAGAGCGACGCCGCAAGCAAGAAGAAGGCUGAAAAGAAGGAGAAGGCUGGCAAGAUUGCUAUCGUCUCGACGUUGGGUGUCAGUGGUAAUUCUGGCGACACAAUGGCUCUGGACUUGCUUGUCGAAUACCUUCUCGGAGAGUCGGCCUCACCAACCGAGCAAGACAAAAUAUCGAGCAUAUCACGACUCUUGAUUGCUGGCAACUCUCUGUCUGCAGCGAAUCCCAUACCUGGUGGAGAAGAGGCAGCAAAGAAGCCAUCCGCUGUCAAAAAGUAUGGUUACGACGCUUCUGCUUACAACCCUGCUCCAACCGAUCGUCUGGACUCUCUAUUGGAGUCAUUGCUACCCUCAAUACCUAUCACCAUGAUUCCAGGCGAGCAGGACCCUACACAUACAUCACUACCUCAGCAACCUAUGCACUCUGCCCUCUUCCCGAGAAGCAGAGCCUACAUGGCAGCACCAAACUCUGAAGACUCGGCCUGGUUCGAUGCUGUCACAAAUCCUUGGGAGGGCGAUGUGGAUGGUUGGAGAAUCCUUGCCACCGGUGGCCAGCCGAUCGAUGAUGUUUUCAAAUACGUCGAAGGUGACGAUCGAAUGGAGAUGAUGGAAGCUACGUUACGCUGGAGGCUGAGCGCGCCCACUGCCCCAGAUACGUUGUGGUGCUAUCCAUUCCAAGAUAAAGAUCGCUUUGUCAUCGAAGCGACUCCUCACGUCUACAUUGUAGGCAACCAGCCUCGUUUCGAGUCCACCGUCGUAGAAGGACCCGACGGUCAGAGCUGUCGAAUAAUCUCGGUACCACGUUUCAAGGAUACCAGUGAACUGCUUUUGCUGGACAUGGAGUCACUUGAAGUCGAGGUCAUCAAGUUUGGUGUUUAUCAGACUUGA